GAAGGCCAUCCUGGUCUUUCUGGGACCUCAUCUGAACCAGCGAUAUGACAAAUGACCACAUGAUGGCGCCAGUGAUCUGCUCCAGUUCAGAUGUUCCAGGACAGCGACCCCAUUGUCCUGUUUUGUGUUGUUUUGUGUUGUUUUGUGUUGUUUUGUGUUGUUUUGUGUUGUUUUGUGUUGUUAUUGUUGCGGACGCCGACCCGAAGUGCUCAUCUAGCAUUCGCCGAGCAGCCGGGGCCGCCAUUGUGGUAUGUGCCCCUCCCAGCAGAAGGACAACGGAUGGUGAUGUCCACCAACAGGCGUGGCCCCCCACCAGCGUGGUGCUGAGGAGCGCUCGGCUUCACACACCAACCUCCAUCCACUGCCUGUGACCCCCCCCCGUCUGAAACAGACAUGAAGUAGUUGGACUUCACCUUAUGGGCCGGAUGCACAUCUCAAACAUCUCUGUGGAUUUAGCUUGAGCUUUGACUGCGGUUCCCGGAAGGAAGUAUGUGGAGAUACACCAAGUUGUUUGCGUGCCUGCUGGUUCUGUGUGAAGAUGCGGCGUCACAGAGCAAGAUCUUCGGAGAGACGGAGCCGGUUCGAAUGGUGUCUGAGGGCUCGGACUGCCGCUGCAAGUGCAUCAUGCGCCCGCUCAGCAGGGAUGCGUGUUUGCGGCUGCGCAGUGGCAGCGUGCGCGUGGAGGACUUCUACACGGUAGAAACCGUCAGCUCUGGUUCUGACUGCAAAUGCUCCUGCACCGCGCCGCCGUCCUCCCUCAACCCCUGUGAGAACGAAUGGAAGAUGGAGAAGCUGAAGAAACAGGCCCCCGAGUUAUUAAAGCUCCAAUCCAUGGUGGACCUCCUCGAGGGAACACUUUACAGCAUGGAUCUGAUGAAAGUCCACUCGUACAUCAACAAGGUGGUCUCUCAGAUGAACACCCUGGAGGAGACGAUCAAGACCAACCUGACGCGAGACAAUGAAUUUGUCAGAAACAGCAUGGCAACGCUGACCAACCAGUUUAAGCGAUACGAGAACUACUCCAACAUUAUGAUGAGCAUCAAGAAGGAGAUCUCCGGUCUCAGUCUGCAGCUCCUUCAAAAAGAUUCCUCUGAGACUAAAGUGCAGGUCACUACCGAUGAGAGGACCAAGGGGGCCUUAAAACCACCCAACAAAAAGCCCCCCGUGGCCAAGCCCCCUCCCAAAGCCAAAGAAAAAGUCAUCAAGCCCAAGAAGGAGAUCAUUAAACCUGAAAAAGCAGUGAAGCCCAAUCCGACCGCCAAGAGCAAGGUGGUUGGCCACCAGCCCGGGGUGGUAAGGGGCAUCACGUACUACAAGGCUGCCAAGACGGACAAGGAUGAGGUCAGAGGAGACAACCCAGCCAAAACAUACGCACGUCAUCACGUCACCGAAACCCAGUCUGAGGACGGAGGAGCCGAAAUGGUUCUCGAAACGGCGGAAGCUACGAUUGCCGAACCUACCACUCCCGCUGCAUUCCACACCACCGUAGCGCCUACCGUCUCCACCAACGCCGCCACGGCACCAUCAGCGACCGCGGCAUGGACGAGCAGCCAAAGUACAGCGGCUGCAGAGAGGCCGGCCCCCACCAUCGUGCUGCUGCUGGACAACAGCAAUAACAACAGUCGGCCGACUCUUCACAGAGCAGGUAAAAUUCUUAGCUGCGAAGGAACUCUGGCGUCAAUCGAGCAGCCGGAGAAGCAGCACAGUUACGGACGCAACGAGGGAGCCUGGAUGAAGGAUCCCCUGGCCAAAGACUCCAAGAUCUACGUCACAAAUUAUUACUAUGGAAACAAUCUGGUGGAGUUCCGCAACCUGGACAACUUCAAGCAAGGCCGAUGGAGCAACCUUUUCAAACUUCCUUACAACUGGAUUGGCACCGGUCAUGUGGUUUAUAACGGAGCCUUCUACUACAACCGAGCCUUCACCAAGAACAUCAUCAAGUACGAUCUGAAGAUGCGGUACGUGGCAGCCUGGACGCUGUUACAUGACGUGGUGUAUGAGGACACCACCCCGUGGAAGUGGAGGGGUCACUCUGACAUGGACUUUGCCGUGGAUGAAAGCGGACUGUGGGUGAUCUAUCCCUCAGUGGACUACGACUAUCACCAGCAGGAAGUGAUCGUCAUCAGUAAGUUGGACCCCGGAGACCUGUCCCUGAGAAAGGAGAGCACCUGGAGGACCGGUCUGAAGAGGAACUCUUACGGCAACUGCUUCAUCAUCUGCGGUGUCCUGUAUGCCGUCAACGCGUACAACCAGAAGGAAGGCGAGGUCCACUAUGCUUACGACACGCACACCAACACGGAGGCCGUCCCACGCCUGGCCUUCACCAACGAGUACUCUUUCAUCACGCAGCUUGACUACAACCCCAAGGAGAAGCUCUUAUACGCUUGGGACAACGGCCAUCAGGUCACCUAUCGACUCAACUUUGUUGACCAGUGACGACAUCUCGUCAGCUCGCCGUCGUCCUGCUGGUAUGGACCCACGGUGCUUCCUGUUUGACCGCCGGUUUGACCCAAAACACUAUGUGCCAUAACUCUUCGUACCAGUACCCCGUAUUCACUGACGUCACCUUCGUGGUCCACAGGUGGAGUUCAUGUCGGUAAAUCUUCGUUGGUGAAAUGUCAGCAGGCUGGCAAACUCAAGGAGUAGUUCAAGGACGGAUGAUAAAUACAAUCAUACAUAAUUAUUUAUUAUACAUAAUAAAUACAUAAACAGCAACGUUGGCCUUUGGAGAUGAGCUGCUUGAAGGCCAUUCCAGGCUGGGAUUUUAGAACUCAACCACUGAAGGCCGCUUCAGCUGUUUGGUGGUCUGAAAAGCGGUCCAGAGGAGGAGGGGCGGGGCAAACCCAAGCAUCCACGGCACCGACCUACCUACCUUCCUACCUACCUACCUACCUACCUACCUACCUACCUACCUACCUACCCACCUACCCACCUUCCUACCUACCUUCCUACCUACCUACCUACCUACCUACCUACCCACCUACCUACCCACCUACCCACCUACCUACCUACCCACCUACCCACCUACGCACCUAUCUACCUACCUACCUACCUACCUACCUACCCACCUACCCACCUACCUACCUACCUACCUACCCACCUACCCACCUUCCUACCUACCUUCCUACCUACCUACCUACCCACCUACCUACCCACCUACCCACCUACCCACCUACCCACCUACCCACCUACGCACCUAUCUACCUACCUACCUACCUAACUGUCUACGUACCUUCCUACCUACCUUCCUACCUACCUACCUACCCACCUACCUACCCACCUACCCACCUACCUACCUACCCACCUACCCACCUACGCACCUAUCUACCUACCUACCUACCUACCUAACUGUCUACGUACCUUCCUACCUACCUACCUACCCACCUACCUACCUACCUACCUACCUACCUAACUGUCUACAUACCUUCCUACCUACCUACCCACCUACCCACCUACCUACCUACCUAAAGGUCUACAUACCUUCCUACCUACCUACCCACCUACCUACCCACCUACCCACCUACCUACCUACCUACCUAACUGUCUACAUACCUUCCUACCUACCUACCCACCUACCACAUGGAAACAACCAAGUAAAAACUGGGGGUGGGCAAAUGUUUGAACCAAUCCAAGGUUGUUGACGAUACCGACACUUUGUUGAUCCUGGUUAUGAUAAAAGUGGUUAGCAUGUUGGCUACACGGUCAGGACAUCAAGAGGACCUGGGUUCGAAUCUCUGUGUGGAGUUUGCAUGUUCUCCCCGUGCAUGCGUGGCUUUUCUCCGGGUACUCCGGUUUCCUCCCACAUUCCAAAAACAUGCUAGGUUAAUUGGCCACUCCAAAUUGUCCCUGGGAUUGGCUGGCCACCAGUCCAGGGUGUACCCCGCCUCUCGCCCAAAGACAGCUGGGAUAGGCUCCAACACCCCUGCGACCCUCGUGAGGAUAAGCGGUAUAGAAAACAGAUGGAUGGACGGAUGUGUAUUGGCUAAUAUUAGUGUAAAGGUGACUAUAGGGGUGCUAUUUCAUGCCUAGAGGGCUCUAAUAAGGUAAAAAAACAUAUUUAGAAGGUUGUAAACAGGAUUUCUAUGCUGCAAGUAUAAAAAUAUUCAAUUUUUAAGUAUCGUACAGUGGCAGAAAUUGACUUUUCAUGGUCAGGUCUGGAAUCGAUGAACUGCAAAAAACGAGGGAUUACUGUAUAUGGAAUACAUUUAGGAUGAUUUUUGUAAAAUGCUACUAAUUACUGUCAGAUGUGUGAUAUUACAUACAAUAUGUGUUACAUUGUUCAUGGUGUUUCAAUGAUGUUUCCUCCUUUCCUUUCCUUGGCUUCAUGAUGAAAAGCAGUGGCUUCAGGUCACUUUCCACUUUCCACUUUCCACUCUCCAAUUCCCAGCCACAAUCUAUUUGGAGGAAUCCCGUUUUUGCCGUUGGUCAGGCCCAGCAGCCGCUCUUGCAGCCGAGUCGUUAAUCUCCCUUUAAAACGGAUGCCAACAUUUCACACAGCUAAAAUGCUUUGGCUCUAAAGCCGGCAAUUGAACUCCACCAAUAGGAUUUUGUCUUCUGAUUGGCCGUACGUGACAACGGGCCGUACGUGUCGCUAAAAAGAAAAAACUGUGUGUACAGGUAUGGGUUUUUUGGUUUAUAUUUGUUUUCUAUAACGUGAAUUCAUUUGACGAUUACUAUGAUAUUGUUGAACAUUUAGUAUGACGGCAUUUAUGGCAUUAUACUGUAUAUACACAAGCUGACUGGAAAUAUUGAAUAUUUGACUGUCAAGACCCGUGUAGCCUUAAAGGGCCGGUGUGUAGGAUGGACGGUGUUCCCAUGACCAUGGACUGCCUCGCCAGAAGCCAUCGGACCUGCAGGAUCAGGGACAAAGGAGGGUUCUUGUCGCUCAGCUUCAUCCUGAACGUGACACGCCGGACCUCGAAGGCUGUCAGCCAUCUGCUUCUGCUAGCUCUCCAUCAUUUACUCCCAAGUCAUUUGAAUAAAGUCUGCAACAAACGAUGUCUGAUGUUUGCCGUGAAUGAGCUUGACGUCUUCACUCCAACUCACACAACACAAACCAACCCAAAGGACUCCCUCGCUCACAGUGCAACCAAAAAUAACAAGCAGUGGAACAUGCUGUUAUGGAAAUAAACAGUGACACACGGGAGGGGGGGGGGGGUGCUCUGGGAGUACGAGGCAUUGGACUGCCUGAUGCAGCUUCAAGUCCGAGUCUGUGGUUUUCUCCCGAAAAAGCAAAGCAGCUGGAAGUCUGCACGGAAUCUUGUCUGAGGCUGCUGGAAGAAGACGGAUGGGUGGACAUGACUAUGGAUGCAAAACAAUAUUAUCUUAUUGGAAUUUAUAACCUGCAAGGCAUGCUGGGUAACUUCCUGUGCACGAGGGUUUCCCAGAAUGGGGCCACCCCCUGCAAGAGCUGGCAUGAAGCUCUGCUUGAUCUUGGAUCCAAAGUGCACUGCAGGAUCUCUUCCAGGCAUGGCUCUGGGAUUUCCUGGCAAAGGAUUGGAAAAUCCCGUUCCAUGCGACUCGGGAGAGAGGCACGAAACAAGCCAAGAGUGGAAUGGCGGCGGGUGUGGGGGCUCCGUCCAUGUGGUCUUCAUUUAUGAGGAUCGGCACACCUUAUUUCACCUCUGAAACCAUUGGGCAUCCAUUGGGCUCAGAAAGACAUUAUUGGAUGUACAAACAUCACACAGCCGUUACCAUGGCGACACAGAUGCAACCAACCGGGGUUAAAGACCACAUUGCCAUCUUCCUUCCACAAUCUGAUGAACAUAACACGGAGGUGCAACCAUUCAUGAACUCCGUCACCCAUGUUGACAUGUUGUCAUGAAACAAUGGCGUCCGUCGCAGCUGGAAUGAUGAACACUGACAAUUCACAUGACCUACGCCACCGCAGGCCCAGCGCCUCACUUCAUCACAAAGGCUCUCCUGUUGCUUAACACAUUCAACUUGAUUGGCUUGUUCAUCAUCGUGUCAUCCUCAUCCUCAUCCUCAUGUCCUCGCCGUGGCACAAACUCGAGCUUUAGCCAUUCAUUUCCGAAAACCUGUUUACAACCUUGGAAAUGUGCUUUUUUUAACAUCAUUAGAGACCUCCAUAUGUGAAAUAACACCCCUAUGUCACCUCUACGCGCUACUUACCUUACUUAAAGAUAUUUAAGACAUAAUUAAGACUUUUUAUGCUUGAAAAAUGUGUAAACAACGCUCAAAUUUGCACAUUUUCUUUUAUUAAUAGCAUGUUUUCAACCUCAAAACGGAAUGAUUUAUUCAUUAAUAUCAUUUCGAAAAACAGUGAAGGCCCCAAAUUUGAUAUUGCCGGUAAAUUGGAGUAUUUCAAAAUGAGUUUCGAUGAGGCUGCAUCAGGAAGGAUAAAUUGGUACGACCCAAAUGGCAACCAAAGGUGGUGGACAGUAACAGUUUGUUCUUACGUUCGUUUGCUGUGGAUGAAUAAAUACCAUAUUUUUCAUCAGCCAACCACAAGCUCAUAGAACUGUCAUGCAUGGCCCAAUCCAUGCUUGGCAUGCCCCCCCCCCCACCCCCAAACACCACAGAGACUGGUUCUGUCAGACGACAAUGUGGGUAUAUUUCAACUAAUACACAAACUGUGUUUUGUGUGUAUUGUAUUUGUAUUUAGUGUGUAUUCCUGCCAGUGUGGUGUUUUUGUGUAGCUAGAAAUGGCCGCCUCGUGACGCAUGGCACGGAAAGCAGCUGCAGGAGUCUUCUUGCAAGAACACCCGUGUGACCUGAACUGAGACGCUGU